AUGGCAACCCAAGCCUUCAACCUCCCCCCAAUCAUCGACAUAGAUGGCCUGCGCGAGAUGCUCUACUUCCCCUCUGAAGCCGAAGACCUAAGUGACUGGCUGGGCUGGAUAGAAGAAGAACGUCCCCAGACCCGAACCCGGCGAGCCCAAAUACCACCGCUGGGCCGCGCUAUCGAUCAAGGUUGGAUACUGGUUGAAGGAGUACCUCGAGAGUGA